AUUAGCAUUCUGUCCUUUUAACGGUGCUAUUUAUUUAUUUCCCAAUAGAAAUUUAGAAACUUCAGAAUUUGUUAUUUGAUUUUUUGUUAUUCGAAGAGUUGGAGGAAGGGAAAUUCUUCAUCUGUAAGGGUAUUCUGGUGAUAGGAAAUUAAAGGCGUGUUACUUUUUAAAAUGGUCUUUCAUGUGUUAAAGUGGAGUAUAAUACAAUUAGACUUUUGGGUGACUGUCAGAGGGGGGUGCUGGUUGACGCUCUUGAGUCUUGGUGUCUAUUAGUUUAAGAUGGAAUAAGAACUUUCAUGACCUUGCUUUUUUCCCGGCUUCUAAGGAGAAUAUCUUUUGAGUAACCAGAACAUAAGCUAGUUUACUUGGUUUUAAUUAGAAUCUAUUCUCUUCAUUGUUUUGAAGAUUUAUAUAAUGGUUUACAGUGUUAUACUUUCUGACUCUGGUUUUUGAAGAUUAAUACUCGUUAAUGGAGUUUUACAAUAUGAAGUAGACAAGACAUGUGAAAAUUACUAGCGGUUGGGGUAUGGUAUGAAUAUGUUUGUAAAUUGGUUCCUAGAACUUAUGCCAUUUGUCAUAAUGCUAUUAUUACUUCUUACAGUAGAAGGGCUGUUCUUUCUUUCUUUCUUUAAUUAUUAUUUUUAUUUAUUUAUUUAUUUUGAAAAGGGAGGGCUUUUCUUUCUGUGAGGGUGAAUAGUUUGGGGUCACUGGUGAUAUUGAAAGUAACCUCUGCUACUUUGUUAUACUUAUCUAGCCACUGCCAUAUAAUCAUUCAUGUAGGACCUCAAUUAUUGCAAAUCUAUUUAAAAAAAUUCAAUAAUAGAAUAAUGGAAGAAAUUGACUCAUCAACUUACAUCUUAACAUAUUAUCUCAGCAUAUUUAGAAUAAGCUGAAUUUGAGACUUAAAUUGAUUUUUUGUUAAACCUUCAUCAAAGCAAGAUUUCAAAGAAGCUAUAUGAAGGGGAUCACUCAAUUUUUAUAACGAUUGACCAUUGAAGCAUUAAGCUGGAGUAGGAACUAGAAAGAGGCCAAAGUUCAAGUCAAACAAAGAAUUGAGGGAUCUUAGACCUGUGUCACUUUUAUGGAGGGCUAUUCCUUUAACUGAAGAGGAAGUGAUCUGCUAGACUAAAAUCUGUGCAGGAAGCUGAAAGUGGAGCCAGGGAAUUCCCCAUCUCUUUUAUAAUUGUGCUCUGUGCCCUUUUUUCUUUCGCUGGAGUGAUUACUGAGUGGCAGCUUAUGUUUCUUUAUAUACCUGCCUUGGCAUCCAAGUUUCUUGUGUCAGCUGUUUUCUUCUUGUAUGAGUGAUUCCCUCCUCUUCUUGAACAUGGUAAAGCUUGAUGUCUCGUAGGGUAAAUAUGAGUCCUUAAAGGCCCAAACUACAGAUGGCUACUCUUUAUUAGUUUUUAUAGAGUGACAAUUCUGUGAAGGCUGACAAUGGCUUUUUAUUCUGAGGAAAAAACUGAAGAUUAUCUUUUCAAGAUUGUUCUUAUUGGUGAUUCUGCUGUUGGAAAAUCAAAUUUGCUUGCAAGAUUUGCUAGGGAUGAGUUCUACCCGAAUUCAAAAUCAACUAUAGGAGUAGAGUUCCAAACACAGAAGAUUGACAUCAAUGGAAAGGAAAUUAAAGCACAGAUAUGGGAUACGGCUGGUCAAGAGCGGUUCAGAGCUGUUACAUCUGCAUAUUAUAGAGGUGCGGUCGGAGCUCUUGUGGUGUACGAUAUAAGUAGACGCCAAACAUUUGAUAGCAUUGGAAGAUGGCUUAAUGAACUUCAUACUCACUCCGACAUGAAUGUAGUCACAAUACUUGUUGGUAACAAGUCUGAUCUUAAAGAUGCUAGGGAGGUAUCCACCGCUGAAGGCAAAGCCUUGGCUGAAGCACAGGGUUUGUUUUUCAUGGAGACAUCGGCUCUUGAUUCAUCUAAUGUUGUUGCUGCCUUUCAGACGGUUGUGAAAGAGAUCUACCACAUAUUAAGCCGUAAAGUUAUGAUUUCUCAAGAGCUUAAGAAACAGGAUCCUACAUGGACAGGGAAUGGAAAGACUGUGGUUUUACAGGCAGAAGGAACUCCAGAAACAGGGCCCGAACUUAAAAAGGGUUGGUGCUGCUCUUCUUAAAGCUAUGCACCAUGGAAUUUUCUGAACAAUCUUUUGCUGGUUCUAACUAGUCUCUUUCCACUUAAUCUAUUCCACAUUCCUUCUUCUCCACGGGACCAGAUUUCUUGGAGUUCAUGGAAAUGUUAAUUCAAAUUUAAUUCAUUCUCACCUUUUUUUUCUUUUCUUUUUCCCGUGGGUGAUUGAUGCUUGUAGAAGAGAAUUAAAGUAGAAAAUGUAAAUGAAGUGAAGGGGGUAUUAAGAAGGCUAUGCUAUACAAUACAAGUUUUUCUUUUUUUGCUUAUGUCAUUACUAGGUUCUUGUGUUUU